GCGUGUGAAGGAUCGCGUGUAUAAAUUAGAUCACGGCAGGUAUUUGCCACACAGUCUUAUUUCACUAGGUGUAGAGACACUCAACACGAUGAAGGUUUUGAUUAUCGCCGCUUGCCUUAUUGGCGCCAUCUAUGCCGCCAACCUGCAAAUCCCAGUCUGUGGUCCCGUGUGUAUGAUCUACUGUCCCUAUGGCAACGUCCUGGAUAGUAAGGGAUGUCCCACGUGCAGUUGUAACCCGGCUCCCCUUGAAAAGAGAGAAGAUGGUUGCCCACCUGUUCUCUGCAAGAUGUACUGCUUCAACGGGUGGAAGAAGAAUGACGAAGGAUGCGACAUAUGCGAAUGCGCCUAAACAGAUGCCACGUGAACGUCACGUCAUCGACAUCUUUUAAAUUCAGUUGGCUCGACAUACUAAGCAUAACGGUCACAUUUAAAUUCAAGUAUCUUGCUGUACCAAACACAAUGGAUUGAAUGCAAUAAAAGUAUGCUGUAAACAA